UCGUGCUGUUGUUCUUUAGAACGAAGCAAUAUCAUUAGUACACACACUGAUGCAGCGCGUUCGGAAAGGAAUUUUCUUGAGUUCUGUCUUCUAAAUUGCUAAUUCAUUUAGAACAUUGGUGAUUGGCUGCUUUUUCUGCAUGACCUUUGACCUUGCUGAUUGGUCCAUCAUGACCCAGCUUGAAUGUGGGAUUAAGGGAUUCCUCUGUACAGGCCUCACACUUCCUUCCAUGCAUGUUUGAUACCGCAAGUUCAUUCAUACCUUACCAAUCCUGCAUGUAAGCCACAACUCUGGUUUUCAAUUGACUAUGGGCGUUAGUAGCAGCGUUAACAAGAAAGGAAGAAGCCGGCCAAAUACCCCCAAAAGUACCACCCCGAGACAAGGCAGUGAGGAUAAGGUAGACUGCAACAGAAGUGUCAAUGGUGGUGAGAACCAGGUAGGGAGUGGCCCUAGACAGGCAAAUGUGGUAGAGGAUAUUGCACCUAAGGAUACUAGAGAAAAUCAGGGUAGAGACAAUCAAGUGACUAUGAGUGAAUCUGCGUCUCCACAGGUUGAAGGUGGUUCGUCAACGCAGGAGAAGAGUAGCGAAAGGUUGACCCAUCGAUCGUCAAGUAUGGAGCCGAAGGAUCUUAUGAUUAGUUACAGUCAUCAGGACAAGGAGAAAAUGAGAAUGAUGAGAGAUGCUCUGGAGAAGGCUGGUAUCUCUGUAUGGGUGGACGAGACCGGUCUGAAGGCUGGUGUGGAGUUCCUCAAUAAGAUUGGCCAAGCUAUCAUUGAUGCAAAGCUCUUUCUCUCACUCCUAAGUACCAAGUCUGCUACAUCUAAGUACUGCAAGGAUGAAUUGGCCUUGGCCUAUGUUUCCAGUAAACCCAUAUUCCCUUGCAUGAUUCAGAAUCAUAAAGAAGUCACAGAAGUCAUGGACUUUGGCAUGCGACUGCAGCUGGCUCCUAUCAGGUGGUUUGAUUUCUCCGAUGAAGAUGAUUUUCAGGGUGCCUUUGACAAGCUAGCCAUCAGCAUCAAGCAGAAGCUUACAGAGAUAACCGAUGAACUCAACCAAACUGAAGGUGGUACAAAGAAGAAGCCAAGACAGCUAACGAGAAAAGAAACGCGGACUCGACUGAACGUCCAUCAGGUCUUGCCCCCUACAGAAGCCAAAAUAGAAGACUUUUGGGAUGUCCAUUUCAAAGACAAAGAAUCAAUAGCUGUUGAAGAGUUUGUAAAGGCCUUCAAGAAAGACUGUACAGAAGAACUGUCCAAGAUUGGGGUGACCUUGGAAUGGAUAAUACCUGUACUCAAGGAGGAAUUGGACGAAGAGAGAGAAGAUGUCAUUACGAAAGAGAGCUAUGAAUAUUUCUGUACUAUAGAUGAGGAGAGAAUUGACUUUUGGGAGCGAGUAAAAGAACAAGCGUUAGAACGCUACACUAUGCUUGAAGUUUUCAGUAUGGACUCAACGGUCCGGAUUGAUGCCAUUCAGAAUCUUGCGAAAUUCCACACUAGGUCUGUGAUGGAGGCCAUGAUGGAUCUAUGCGCCGACAAAGACGACAACGUCCGGGCCGUGGCGACGCUCUCCCUGGCCCGCGUCACCGAUAACAAGAACCUCCGCGUGAUCCGUCGUCUUCUACGUCUGCUGAAAGACCGGGAUCGUCUUGUGAGGCAGAGCUGCUGUCUAGCUCUGGGUCAUAUGAGAGCUAAACAAGCCGUCCCAAGCCUGGUCAAUCUAUGGAGGAAUGAUGCUAUAUCAAAUGUCCGUGAGGCGGCUCACAUCGCUCUGGAGAAGAUCGGAGGUGACGAGGCCCAGGAAGCCAUACACAUCACCAAGGUGCUCAGCGAGGAGAUCAAAGCCCUGGCUCAACAGAAAUAAGAUAGGAGAUUUCAUUUGCCUAUAUAGCCUGCUGUUACAACUGUUGCCCAUUCUCCUGAAGAGGACAAGAACACCCUUGCCAAAACAAAGAAGUUUAGGUGGUCCUCUU